AUUCGAAUCUCAGAACAAACCAGGCUACAAGGACGGUGCUUUCAAUGGAGAGAUGUAUGACAAACCACCUUCAGGAUUGAUUCAAACAACGUUUUCCAUGUUUCAGUCGAUAUUAUGGAGUUAAUUCGGAAAAAAGUUUGACAUGUAGGUGACUGAAUUUUCGGUUAGUUUCGGUAGCCAAAUGCAUAGUAACAAAAGGGAACGAUGUGUCCUACACAAUAAUAUUUCAGGAAAAACUGGACAUCUGCUAUGUAACUGAGAGUCUCCUCAUUGAAACAUCUGAAGUUCUUCAAAGGAAUAUAGAGUGAGUGUCAGAAGUUUCAUAAGGCUCUUCAUCAUGGCGAGUCAGUCGAUGGAGAUCAUGGCCAAGGUGCUGGAGCAGCAGGUGCUGCAGUCAGCCAGGAUGGUGGAGGAGCAGCUGGAUGCAGAGCUGGGGAAGCUGGAGCGCAUGGAUGACGAUGAGAUGGAAAAGCUGAAGGAGAGGAGGAUGGAGGCCCUCAAGAAAUCCCAGAAACAAAAGCAGGAGUGGCUGGGUAAAGGGCACGGGGAGUACAAGGAGAUUCCCAGUGAGAAAGACUUCUUCCCUGAGGUGAAGGAGAGCAAUCGAGUGGUCUGCCAUUUCUACAGAGACUCCACCUUCAGAUGCAAGAUGCUGGAUAAGCACCUUAGCGUCCUGGCCAAGAAGCACCUGGAGACCAAGUUCAUCAAGCUGAAUGUGGACAAGGCUCCAUUCCUGACAGAUAGGCUGCGGAUCAAGGUGAUUCCCACGCUGGCGCUGGUAAAGGAUGGGAAGACCAAGGACUACAUAGUGGGUUUCACAGACCUAGGAAACACAGACGAGUUCCCCACAGAGGUGCUGGAGUGGAGACUGGGCUGCUCUGACAUCAUCAACUACAGUGGUAACCUCAUGGAGCCCCCCACCCUGACACAGAAAUCUGGUUCGAAGUUCAUCAAAGUGGAGAAGAAGACCAUCAGGGGGAGAGGACACAACUCAGACUCUGAAGACGACUAGAAGACCCUGUCAGCCAUCAACUUCCAUCUCUCUCGCUGGGCUACUAACCGGCAGAACCAUCUCUUCCUGUUUUGUUCCAUUCCCAUGUUUAUCAUUUUCCUAUUUAUGCCAGUCUUCCAUGCUUUGUUUUGUGUGUGUGGACUUAAUCAUAUGAGUUCAUAUUUAAUUACAUUCAAGUGCUUUUUGGUUGUUUAUUUUCAACCUGCAAAGAAAAGGAUACCUAACUGACUCAUCGAUUCCAAAUGAAGUCUAGAACUGGAAACCCUCAGACCUGAUGCUGUUACCAUUUAACAUUAUAAAUAAUCAUCCUUGCUAACACUAUGGCUAGCUAAAUUAA